CAAGAAACUGUGCUUUGCUUAUACUCUCAAAAAUGGGAAUCUCAUCCAGUCGUUUGAUUCUUCAACGUUGUUGUUUCGUAAAGGAAGGUAGCAGUUGUCGAGAAAGCUCUUUCUUUUCCAGAAAAAGGAAAAGCAGAGAAACUAAUGCUGAUCCAAGCUCUGUCUCACACGGAAUCCCAUCCUUUUACACUCCACUCAAACAGAUCAUCAAUGUUUCUGUUCUGAUUCUUGAUUUCGCCUGAAUCAUCGUUUCCCAAAAAUGUCCGACGCACGGCCCAAAUCCCGCAACCAACGCCCGCCUCUGUCGCAUCGCCGCCGUUCUUCGUGGUGCUGCUCUUUCGCCGUGCCGCCUUACAGCCCCGAUAACCACGUUCCCGCUCGCUCCGCCUCUACCCAGAAGAACGAGCUCACCUUCCCCGUCAAGUCCUCCACACUCAGCUCCGUUUCCUUCCCAGACUCACCUCAGUCUCAGAGCUGCUCCAAACCUAACAGCGUCGCCACCCGGGUCGGGCCCCGCAGGAUCCUCUCACCGGGCCGGGUCUCGCCCAUAGAUUCUCUCGACGAGACUCUAGCUGCCCCCAAUCCGGCGUUCCAGCCGCACUCCCCUGCAUCCUCCAUUGAGAUUGCUAAAUCCCCUCCGCGUCGUCUUGAGUGCGUGGUUUCCUCUCCCGACAACAAUGCCGCCUUGAAGGAGGACGGCGAUUUGGGGAUCUUCGACGUGAGGCUGAAUCUGAAGGGGAAGAAUGGGGUGAAAUGGGCGUUGGAGCUGAACUCCGAGGUCCUCGCUGCAAACAGCUCGGUGUUUGCAGAUUCGAUGGCGGAUUACAGGAAAAAGUUUAAGGGUUUGUGUACGAUAGAGGUCCCCAAUGUGGAUAAUUUGGGGGUCUUUCGCGAGGCGGUUGAGCUCAUGUUUGAAGAAGAUAUCCCCAAGAGACUCCUAAAGAUUGGGGUUUAUCGCGCCAUUGACGUGCUUGAGGUAUCAGUAGGCAUCAAGUUCACAAGGGGCAUUCUGUCAUGCCUAGAGUACAUUGAGGCCAUGCCUUGGACUGAAGAGGAAGACCAAAAGCUCAGGAACUUGUUUACUAAACUCAAGUUUGACGAUAACGAUGAUGAACCAGCUAGAGACAUUUUCGCCAGACUCUAUGUGCAAGACUCCCUUGAUUCCGAACAGAAAUUAGCUAGGGAUCUUGUUUUGUCAGUGACCACCUGCAGUGAUGCUAAUGCCAGAAACGAGCUCAAACCCUUAGUCAAGGAUCUUGUGUGCAAGAGCUAUGAAAAGGAGGAACGUCCUGAACUGAACAAAGAGGAUAUAUUCGGUGUUUGCAGGUCUUGCCUGGGUUCCCUGGUCACUCUGCUUGAGGAGGCCACCAGCAAUAACAACCCAUAUGGGAAAGCUAAGCCGCCAUUGAUUGAGCGUAUAUCGAUCCAGGUGGACAACAUGAACUGGCUGCUUGAGAUUCUGCUUGAUCGCCACAUGGCGGAGGAUUUGGUCGACAUGUGGACAGACCAAGUGAGGUUGCUUCACCUGCACAAGGGUGCAUCGCCGAUGGUUAGGUAUGAGCUGAGCCGGGUUUCUGCCCAGCUGUUUGUCGCGAUGGGCACCAGAAAGAUGCAUUGUCGGUCAGAAGCAAGGUUGGGGCUAAUGCAGGCAUGGUUCAGACCAAUGCUUUUAGACUUUGGUUGGUUACAGAGGUGUAAAAAGGGACUGGAUAUCAAGGCGGUGGAGGAGGCCAUGGGACAAUCACUCUUAACCCUUCCUUUGAAGGAGCAAUAUUUGCUAUUCAUGGAUUGGUUCCAGUGUUUUUCCAAGAAUGGAACUGAAUGCCCUAACCUUAGCAAGGCAUUCCAGAUUUGGUGGAGGAGAUCAUUCCUCAGAGGCUCUGAAUCUUGUGGUGUUGAGUCUAGGUAGGUCUUCAACAAUGGUCUCUCUCUCUCUCUCUCCCUCUCUCUCUCACUGUUUUUUUGGGUAUUAAUGGUGGUAUGAGUAAGUCAGCAGGUGUAGUUGUAUUGUAAGGCUGUCCCUCCUACAUCGAUUGGUUUAGUGCAUAGUGAGUGAAGCUGUAUUUUGAUGAUUGAGAAGGGGACGGGUCUCACUCACUCGCUAUAGGAUUUGGUCUUGCAAUGGAUUUCUUUCUAUUAUAGAGGCAGUGUUGAUCUAUGUAGCUGAAACACUUGUUUUCAGCUCAGUGUUUGUUUUUAUUAACUCAUCAUGUCCUACCUUAUGGCAGGCAGCUAUGGCCUAUGGUGAUAAAAACCCGUGCACAUUGUGAGGGUGUUUGAAAAAAUGGCGUUUCCGCCAAGAAAUGGCGGUUUGACCCAUGUUAGCGUUUUCAAUAAGUGAAAAUGUUGUUUGGUAAAUAACUGUUCGGUCAUCACAUUUUUGGAUUGAACCGUUAAAAUGAAAAUGACGUAAAUAGGAGAGUUUUG